AUGAUGCAGUUACCGUCGAGCAUCGUCGCUACCACUCCAACGGCUGUCCCACCAUCAUCUUGUGUCGCUAAUGGCUGUUGUUGUUUCCUGUUCUCAUGUGCUAUGUUCCAGCCUCCACCCACCGCCGCCUAUGCACCUCUCAUGUUGCUCCGGUUAUCGCUUAUCGCCCAAGGACUGCCAUGUUCAUUUUUCACGUGGGUGCGAAUACGUUGUUGCUUCAAGUCCGAGUGGUUUGUGUUAUUUCGUGGGUGUGGUUGUUUGACUGGGAACCAAAGAAAUCACCGCCACCACCAUGAGGUGGUGGCUGCCAUCCCAAAAUUCAUUUCUAUCGCCACCAUGAGCCAACAGGUGGGUGGCUGGAGUUUAUACUACUAUUUGAAGUGUCUGUUGCAUGUGUUUGUGUGGCUAGAAAAUGAAGAACAGCCACCACCACCAUCGUGA